AUGACGCUCCAAAUCCAAUCACACCAAGAACACGCACCCCAAGAGCUCCCACAGGUGUUAGUCCUCGAACCACCCAAUGUUUUCAAAGCAUACGAAAAGCAAUUCUUAGAGAAAUUUCAGUUCCUGAAAGCAUGGGAAUCGGAGAUUCCCACUGAACAAUUCUUAACCACCCAUGCUCGAUCCAUACGAGCCUUGUUGUGCUCAGAUUGGACGCCGAUCACCGCCGAUGUUCUCCGGCUACUCCCGUCCCUUCGUGUUAUUGUCACCAGCAGCGCCGGUCUGAACCAUAUUGACCUAUCGGAGUGCCGCCGCGGGGGAAUCUCUGUUGCCAACGUCGGGACAGUCUUCUCUGAGGAUGUCGCCGACAUGGCGGUGGGGCUGUUGAUUGAUGUUCUUAGAAGAAUCACAGCUGCUAAUCGUUAUGUGAAGGCUGGACUUUGGCCAAUCAAAGGAGAUUUUCCUCUUGGUUCCAAGUUGGGAGGAAAGAGAAUUGGUAUAGUUGGGUUGGGAAGCAUUGGCUUAGAAGUAGCAAAGAGGCUUGAAGCCUUUAGCUGCAGUAUCUCAUACACCUCAAGGAAGAAGAAACCAUCAAUUUCCUUCCCUUUCUACACAAAUGCCUGUGAACUGGCAGCUAAUUGUGACAUCUUGAUCAUUUGCUGUGCAUUAACCAAUGAAACUCGACAUAUGAUCAAUAAGGAAGUACUGUCUGCACUCGGAAGGGAAGGAAUCGUCGUUAACAUUGCUCGUGGGGCAAUCGUCGAUGAGAAGGAGUUGGUUCGGUGUCUGGAGCAAGGUGAGAUUGCAGGUGCUGGAUUGGAUGUUUUCGAAAAUGAGCCAAAUGUUCCUACCGAGCUCUUGGUGUUGGACAAUAUUGUAUUGUCCCCACAUUGUUCUGUUUUGACGGAGGAAUCGUUUAGGGAUAUGUUUGAACUUAUAUCGGGGAAUUUGGAAGCUUUCUUCUCUAAUAAGUCUUUAUUGUCUCCAGUUUUUGAUGAAUGA